GCAACACUGGAAAAUAUUUACUGCAGAAUUCUUAACCAGGAGAAACUCUGGCAUGUUCUUCGAGGAGUAAAUGUUUUACAUGCAGGGCAAGAUCUACGCGUGCCUCUGUGUUCUUUCCAAGUGACUUCUGGAGACAGUUUUUGAUGUCUGGCUAAGAUAAAAUGCGCUAGUGGUCGCAGAGCCAGAGCCAGAUCCUCGGUACAAUGUCUACAACACAAAGGAAAGACGACAGCCACCUGUCCACCAGUUCCUGCAUGUGUCCGCUCAAGGCGCCAGAAGACCAGCAACAGCAAGAGAAAUAUGCCAUUGCUCGACCAAUAUUUGUUUUUGAGAAAGGAGAACACAGUUUUAAGAGACCUGCAGAAGACAUCCUGGACGAAGCAGCAGAGCUUGAGUUCACUGGUUUCUUGAGAAAGCGUGUAAGGUCUUCAUCUGUCACGCUUCAUACUACAGAUUCUCAAUCUCCAGGAGUGAUGGCCUUGUCUCAGACACGCUUGAGGUCCUCGUCAUUCACUGAUGUCCCAACCUUCCCUCCAUCCAGGCCAGUGAAGAAAAACAAUGUUUUUAUGACAUCACAUCUGCUGCAAAGGAAUGAUGAUAUGAACAACAUAGAGAAAGGUCCCCCCGUGAGAUCUUCGGAACAUGUUCUAAGGCCCUCUGUUCUGCAGCCGUCUCAGACGCAAAGUUGUCAAAAAGUAGGCACAACAUUUGGGCCCCGUGCGUCGACAUCCUGCAAAACUAAGGAAAAUACUGAGCACAAGAUUUCUGAAGUUGGAAGUUCUUCUAAUGUACUAAGUGAAAAUUUACCAAAUGCCAGCAGUUCAGUCCAGUCCUCUACUGAUCCACGCAUCCCAGAGGCACCAUCGGGAUGCCAACCAAAGGAAGAGAAGUGUUCCUUUAAAAGUUGCAGUCCCGACUUUGUUUUUGGAGAAAACAUGGUAGAAAGAGUUUUGGGCCCUCAAAAGCUUACCCAGCCUCUGCCUCAAAAUCUUUCAUAUGCCAAGGAAAAAACAUUCACAUCUGUUCUAAAAUUUCCUAAUGCUGCUUCAAAUUCAAACUCUAUUAAAAACAUAUCCCUAAUCGAAUCAGCUGCUGCUUUUUCUUCCAAACCAUCACAAAAAUGCUUGCUUGAGAAAAUUGCUGUCAUAACAGGAGAAGAAACAGAGCACAAUGUGUUAAAGAUCAACUGCAAGAUCUUCGUAUUCAACAAAACCGCACAGUCCUGGAGUGAGAGAGGCCAAGGGAUUCUGAGACUGAACGAUACUGCCGGCCGCGAGUGCGGAACGCUGAAGUCAAGACUAAUCAUGCGCAACCAAGGCAGUCUCAGGCUGGUCCUCAAUAGCAGACUCUGGGCUCAGAUGAAGAUUCAAAGAGCAAAUCAUAAAAAUCUGCGAAUAACUGCGACUGACCUAGAAGACGAUGGUAUAAAAAUAUUUUUAAUUCAGGCUAGUGCCAAAGACACAGGCUUUCUGUAUGCAGCGAUUCACCACCGUCUCGUCGCCCUUCGAGGCCUCAGCCGGCAGGGUGAUGAUAGUUCAGCUGAAAGCAAGUCGGACGCAGUCCUCCCGCAGUUCAGCGGCGAGAGCUGUGACGAGGAUGAGGAUGAGAUCCCACAAGUCACUAAAACUGGAUCAGAUCCUUCAAGGUGGAGCCACAGACAGUCAAUUGUCUGUUCAUAAGCCCUCUCUGCUAUAAACAUGACAUCCAAAGAGUGGCCACUCUACUGAAAUGCCAGACCAUCCUCACUGAGAAGACUCUACUUGCACCUUAAAGAUCUUUUUUAAUUAAAGAAACAAACACAAUUUAUUGUAAUUAAAAGUUUUAUGUUUUACAUUUUCAUUAUUGUGUACAGAAUUUAGGAAAUGGACUUCAGAAUUUAUCCUUUUGUGGAUUACUCUAGAAUAAGAUUUGAUAACUGAUUUGGACUAUUCAUCACAUUGAUGAAUAUAUUAAUU